AUGGCGUGUGGGUUCUCACCCGAGGGAGCUGGAGUCGAAAAGAAGCAAUCAGACCCCUGGAUCCCAACAUGGCCGGGGGAGGAGAUCACAUCGCGGCGAGAUGUCUUGUCAUGGAGCAACUUUGGGCUCAGGUUCCGGGCUGCGGGCCCAAGAGCUGGAGGCUCGCCCACCGACCUCAUCCCUGCAUUCAACCCCUGUCCACCCUUCCCAACGACAAGGCUACGCGAGAGUUUUGUUUUAGGCGUGCGCCGGGGGCCCUUGUGGGCACCUCCAUGCUGCAGUGGGCACCGCAAACGAGGGAGCGCUCCGCGCCGGUCUGUGCUGCCGUCGUGGCGGCGCCUUGUCCACGCUCGUUGA